AUGUCUGCCUUACUCCUUACGAUAAUGCAUAUUGAGGAAGAUACCAGAGCCAAAACAAUCGUUUCCUCUCUGGUACUGACCACGGUUGUUGGCUUCCAUUUCUCACCAUGGAGGACUCCCGUCGACGUCAGCUUCAUAGUUGCGACCAAUGCCGCAAGGGAAAGAGGGGCUGUGAUGCACCGGUUUGUGAAGAUUGCCCUGCCUUACCAUCGGAAGAUGUUGACUUCUAAGAUUCUAGAAGAAGCGAAAGGAAAAUGGCUUCUCUUGUUCGAACUGCAAACGAUGGAAGAAAGAUGGUAUACUGUCAACCCUGCGCAUAUGGCCGAGGCCUCUAGUUUUGCUUCCACCUCGCCGUCCUCGACUUUCCCGGAAGAAGCAAUUCCUGAAGGGUUGGAACCUAUCGGGCACUCGGGAACGUUUCCUUGGAUAAUGGAAAGUCCUAGUGAUUGGAAUACCAGUGCAGCGAGUGAAUGGUCAGAAAAGGCCUUGGGAGGAAUGGGAUACCAGACAACAUGGAAUGCCUCUUUACCUAUAUCUUUUGGUAGCACCCUUGACCUGGCCCAGGAGGUUGAAGAUGGGUCCAAUUCCUGUUCUUCCGGAUUCACGAAGUCAAGUGUCAAGCCUAGUGACAACAUAUAUUCCUCAACAUCUUCUUCCAAUGGAAUAUUGAAGCCAAGUUUCCAACCUGGCUUUUGUACUGCUUCCGACAAUACAGCUAGGGAAUACGCUCGUGCGACGAUGACACGCAACUUGAUCCGCAUAUAUCACGAUAGUAUGGAAAACGCAUUAUCAUGCUGGUUGACGGAGCACAAUUGCCCUUACAGCGACUCGGCCGGUGUCGUGCAGCCUUACAGAGAGAUGAAGGUGUGGGGACCGAGUUGGUCGAACAGAAUGUGUAUCCGGGUUUGUCGUUUGGAUCGUGCUUCGUCCUCAAUACGCGGUCGGGCUCUAAGCGUGGAAGAGGAUAAGACUGCAUUCAGAACACUGCAUCUGGCAAUCAUGGCAUUUGCCUCGCAGUGGACUCAACAUGCUCAGAAGGGUACAGGACUAUCUGUCCCAGCGCAAAUCGAGUACGAUGAAAGAGCCAUUCGAGAGAACGUUUGGAAUAAGGCAAGGCAAGCCUUGGAGCAAUCAACCGGAAUACCUUCUUUCCGUAUUAUUUUCGCCAAUAUCAUAUUCUCCUUGACGCAGAGUCCGUUGGACAAGGGGCAGGACUCACGACUCGGUCAGCUGUUAGAGAAUGACCCUGCGCCGAUAUUCCUCGAAACCGCGAACCGCCAGCUUUUCACUCUUCGCCAUAAAUUUACAAGGCUUCAACGAGAGGCCCCACAAUGUUUGAUGGAGACUCGAAGAGGGUCGAUAGGAUCAACAAUGACCGACAUGUUCGAAAUGACCACUCCUUCUCAGUCUCCCCGGGUCGACCCGAUCCUCACGAGUCAUGAGCACCGCAGUACGCUUGGCCUUAUGUUCUGGCUAGGAGUCAUGUUUGAUACCUUGAGUGCGGCGAUGUAUCAGCGUCCCCUCGUGGUGUCGGAUGAGGACAGUCAAAUUGCAUCGGCAUCGCCAACCACGCUUGAAACCGAAUACCAGGUGGAUCUCGACGGCUGGAGUAUUCCAGGAAGAAAGGCUCGCCACAAGCAUGAUGUAUGGGGUGAUUUCUUUCUCCGUUAUCCCGUGGAGGGUCGAGAGUAUAGCAAAUCCCAGCCAAGAUGGCCAUGCUCCUACGAAGAAGCGGCCUCUGUACUUUCAGAGGCAACCCCGGUCAAAGUCUUGCUAUACCGUCGAGUCACGCAACUCCAAACCCUGGUCUAUAGAGGGGCAAGUAGCGAUUGCCUAGAAGACGUGAUCAAAAAGACCAUGCUGGUCUACCAGCACUGGAAUCAUACAUAUCGGACAUUCAUGCUAGAUUGCGUCGCUAACCACCAACUACUUCCUCCUCGCAUCCAAUCGUGGUACAUUAUACUUGAUGGCCAUUGGCAUCUUGCUACAAUGCUUUUGGCAGAUGUGAUAGAAAGCAUUGACAACGGAAGACUCGGCUCUGACACUGAGCGCCGGGGUCGCGAAGCUACAGAUAUCGUGUCCAAACUCAGGACAGAUAAUGCUCUUGCAGUCGGUGCACUGGCUCACUCCUCACUUAGAGGACAAGAAUCCACCAUGAACCGCCAUUUCCAUGAUUCUGUGAACGAAGUGGCUUUCUUAGUUGAGCCAUGGACUGUCGUUCUAGUUCAUUCCUUUGCCAAGGCGGGGUACAUCUCUAUAGAAUGUCUGGAUAUGUCUGACGAGCAUGAUGUGCUAGCUGAGUGCUUCCGGGAUAAUUGUGAAGCAUGUAUCGCUGCGCUUCAGUAUCUUGGGAGAAAGUCUGAUAUGGCUUGCUUGGUGGCUGAGAAUUUGUCAGUAUCUUUGGAUUUGAAGCUUAGCGUGAAGUUCUAG